UGUUACCAACCCAAAUUUUGAUGGAUUUUGUUAAAAAUGGCUGCGUUGAAAACUGAAAUAAAGGAGGAAAAUGAGGACGAUCGUGAAAAUGAAAACGAGAUUGACGAUGAAGUAGGAGGAGAUAACAACGAUACUACUAAGAAGAAGAAAAAAAAGAAGAAAAAGAAAAAAACUGAGGAAGGAAGCGCGCGUGAGAAUGGAGAAAAAAUAGGCGAUGUCAACAUUGAAAACGCAGUCGAAAACGGUGUUGAAAAUGAGGGUGAAGGCGAAGGGGAGAGAAAGAAGAAGAAACGAAAUAGAAAGAAGGGUGGGAAACCAACUCAGACCAACCCUCCAUCUAUUGCGAUUGUAGAUUUGUUUCCUCAGGGUGCCUUUCCGUUAGGUGAAAUUCAGGAGUAUCCUACUGUUAAAGAUGAUCGUACUGCCAGAGAUCGUUUUACUUCUGAAGAGAAACGAGCAUUGGACAGAAUGCACAACGAUAUUUACAAUGAAGUUCGGCUAGCAGCCGAAGCUCAUAGACAGACCAGACAAUAUAUACAAAAGUGGAUAAAACCGGGAAUGACAAUGAUUGAAAUUUGUGAAGAGUUGGAGAACACAGCUCGAAAGCUUAUCGCAGAAAAUGGUUUAAAAGCAGGACUAGCUUUCCCUACCGGUUGUUCAAGGAAUCAUUGUGCCGCACAUUACACUCCAAACGCAGGCGAUAAGACUGUUUUUGAGUACGACGAUGUUGUAAAGAUUGAUUUUGGCACUCAUAUUAACGGUAGGAUUAUAGAUUGCGCUUUUACACAUACUUUCAACCCCAAAUAUGAUAAACUGGUCGAAGCCGUGCGUGAAGCUACAAAUACUGGAAUUAAAGCUGCAGGAAUUGACGUACAGUUGUGUGAAGUCGGGGCCCAGAUUCAGGAGGUGAUGGAGUCGUACGAGAUUGAGUUGGAUGGGAAGACGUACCCUGUAAAGUCUAUCAGGAACCUUAAUGGGCACUCAAUAUCUCCAUACAGAAUACAUGCGGGAAAAACUGUUCCUAUUGUGAAGGGAGGCGAAGCGACGGUAAUGGAAGAAAAUGAAUUUUACGCCAUCGAAACUUUUGGGUCUACGGGUCGUGGCCUAGUCCAUGAUGACAUGGAGUGUUCCCAUUACAUGAAGAACUUUGAGGUCCCCUACGUACCUCUUCGUCUGCAAUCUUCGAAAGCGCUGCUGAACGUAAUCAACAAGAACUUUGGCACCCUAGCCUUCUGCAAGCGGUGGCUAGAUCGUGCCGGGGCCACCAAGUACCAGAUGGCCCUGAAGGAUUUGUGCGACAAGGGAAUCGUGGACGACUAUCCUCCGUUGUGCGACAUCAAGGGUUGUUAUACCGCCCAGUUCGAGCACACCAUUGUCCUGCGUCCGACCUGCAAGGAGGUCGUUUCCAGAGGGGAUGACUACUAGGGGUUUUUUUAUUACCAGAUUCACUGUUUUAAUUUUACAACUUAUGUUUCUUAUAUGGAUUCGAUAUAAUAAAAUGUUAACAUUAUAA